GCCGCGGUACGAGGUCAGACGCAAGAAGCACAACAGAAACAGAAAACCAACCAGAGGAAAGCUGCUCUUCUUCUCACAGGUGGUUUAGAUACAUGUGUGCGAAUUCAGCAUUUCUACAGAGACACGUCAGGUGUAUAGGUCAGUGUUGGAACAUCUCAGGCAUGGUCUGAGGAUUUAAGCUCGCAAAUCGUUUGCUUGCGAGCUUUAGCAUAUCUCAUGUCAGCUGCUGCUUUGAUGUGUUACAACUUGGUAUUUUCACUCUUAAAGCGUUGGUAUAUUCCAAGUGUGGCUAGUUAUAGGUGUGUCCUUCUGCAGUCCGAAUGCUAAAAUACGAAUCUUUAAAACCAUGAAGGAGUUUUUGAAGAAGACCCACAGCCUCUUUCUGAAGAUCGCCCUGUUUCCUAGCACGUUAGGCAGGACAGGUCCGCGGCCAGCUGCUUCGGAGGUGUUAACCUGCCACCUGCAGCAGCGCAGACUUCCUCCGUGGACUUCAUACUGUGUCCGCUACAGCUCCGUCCACAAUGACCAGUUUGGAAUGUCAAACUUUAAUUGGAGAGUUCAGGGAUCCAACUACCACAUUCUGAGAACGGGAUGUUUCCCCUUUAUUAAAUAUCAUUGCACUAAAGCGCCUCCUCAGAAUCUGGAUUUUGAAGACAGAUUUUUCACCAUGUUAAAAGUUAUUAAUCUGGGUAUCCCUUGUUUGGCCUAUGGCAUUGGCUGCUGGAUGGUGGUGGGAGCAUCAGAAACAGUACAGACGAGUGUCGGACCUGUCACAGUCUAUUUUGCCUACAAAGAGGAGGAAGGUGCACAGUACUGAAGUGAAGAGGAAACAAAGUAACUUGAAUGUGUUUUCAGGAGGAUAUUAUCUACCAAGCUGCUGUAUUUUUGAAACUAUUAAAGAGGAGCCUUUGUGUUUUUUAUAUUUCUUUA